AUGGAUGCUUUUGCAAUCAACUUCUUGGUGUUGCUAUGUCUAAACAUAUUUACUCAUAGCUUCUGCAUCAGAAUCCACAACAGUACUUGCAUUAAAAGUGAGAAGCAGGCUCUUCUGAAGUUUAGGCAAGAUCUCCAAGGCCCUUCAAACAUGUUAGCUGAUUGGACCAGAAAUGGAGAUUGCUGUAAUUGGUCCGGCGUUGUUUGUGACAAUGUAACUGGCCGUGUUACUGAGCUGCACCUUGGAAGUGCUCAGGGUGGGUGUGCAUUAAAGGCUAAAGCUGAAACACUUGUAAGGCCGAAGUUAGGCGGUAAGUUGAAUCCUUCUUUACUAGAUUUGAAGUCUUUAUCUUACUUGGAUCUAAGCGAUAAUAAUUUUGGACAAACUCCAAUCCCUGCUUGGUUUUGGAACUUGACUUCCCAUCUGCACUAUCUGAACAUCUCUAGAAAUCAAUUCCUAGGAAACAUUUCAGAUUUAUUCACAAUGAGUCAUCCUUCUGUUGUGCUAGACUUGAGUUCCAACAACUUCACCGGUCCAUUACCUCGUAUCUCUGUCAGUGUGACUGCACUGGAUCUUUCUAAAAAUGCCCUGUCAGGAUCUAUUUCCCAUUUUUUGUGCUAUAGAAUGAAUCAGCCGAUGAGAUUGGAAGUCCUCAAUCUUAGCUGUAAUCUUUUUUCAGGAGAAAUACCAGAUUGUUGGGAGCAAUGGCCAAGAUUGGUGGCCAUAAAAUUUUGUAACAAUAGUUUUAGUGGUAAGAUUCCAAGUUCCAUGGGAACUUUAACUCAUCUUCAAUCCUUGCACCUGCGCAACAACAGUCUAGUGGGUGAGGUGCCCUUCUCUCUAAGAAAUUGUACUGAAUUGCUCACUGUUGACUUUGGUGCUAAUCAACUCUCUGGAGAAAUACCACUAUGGAUGGGAGAGAGGCUCACAAAAUUAAUUGUUAUCAUCCUUCAAACAAAUAGAUUUCAUGGUCCUAUACCGCAAGAAUUUUGUGCUCUAUCUUCUCUUCAAAUCCUGGACCUUUCGCACAACAAUUUAUCAGGAAUUAUACCAAGCUGUAUAAAGAAUCUUAGUGCGAUGAUCUCAAGAAAUAACUCAGAUGGCAAGAUAUCUUAUAACACCUCAAGGGGAUGCUUUUUUGACGAUGUAGCACUUGUGGUGAAAGGAGUGGUAAUGGAUUAUAGCGCUACCCUUAAACUACUUGCAUUGUUGGAUCUCUCAGACAACAAUUUAUCAGGUGACAUCCCUGAGGAGGUGACAAGUCUCAAAGGUCUAAUAUCAUUGAAUUUGUCAAACAAUCUAUUGGUUGGAAGGAUUCCAGAUAACAUUGGUUCCAUGAGAUUAUUAGAAUGUGCUGAUUUAUCAAAAAACAAUCUUUCUGGUGGAAUCCCAUCAAGUAUGGCUGCGCUAAACUUCUUGAGCUACCUCAACUUGUCCAAUAACAAACUCACUGGAAAAAUCCCAUCAGGCACUCAGCUCCAAAGCUUAAGUGCAUCUAGCUUUCUUGGCACUGAGCUGUUUGGACCACCAUUAACUAAGGAUAACACUUCUAGCCCUCUGACCCCAAGCAACACUGUAGGAGAAGAAGAAGUGGAUAAUGGACCUAAAGUGAACUGGUUUCAUCUAAGUGUGGAAUUUGGAUUUUUGUUUGGAUUCUUUGGUGUAAUAGGCCCUGUUAUAUUCAAGAUUUGGACAUGUGGUUUUGUAAGGAACAUCUGUGGGAGAGACUCAACACUUUCUGGAAUAUCAGAAUUUGUUGAUUCUGUGCUAGAGAGAUUCUCUGAGCGUUCUGAUGAUUGUGGGGUUGUAGCCGGGAGAUUAUUUCUGGCUAUUUCUUGCAGACGGGGUGGGGAAAAUGUUUGGGGUUUCUGA